UUCAGAUUUUGUAUCUGGGAAGCUUUGUUCUUGAGCAAGCUUUCCAUUGUUAUUCUUGUGCUAGUUGGGAGGUGAAAUUCACAGCUAAAUACAUUUUGGGAUUUUAAGGAGAUCUUGAAUGUGCAUAACAAAGUUCCCUUGAGCGUUUAAAGUUCAGAUUUUGUGUCAUUUUGGUCAAGGUUGCAGCUUUUACUGGUUUCUAUGUUGCGAAGACGACUUUCGAUUUAUAGGAAUAGAGAGUCGUGACUUCAAUUCCCUUUCCGUUGAGAUUUAGAUCAUUGUUUGAAGGGGAUAUAUUGUUAAGAAAUAAAUGUAUGGAUCGAAGGGAAGCUAUGAUGUUACCUGGAUCCGCUCCUUACUAUAUGCAGAGAGGGAUGAGUGGGAGUGGGAGCGGGACGGGGAAUGCCCCUGGUUUUCAGGGAUCACCAAGCAUUAGUCCUUCAUUAGCUGCUGGUAAUAUUGCCUUUCAAUCUAGUAGUAGCGGCGCUCCGAUUCCACAAACGCUAGUAAUGGAUCCUUCAUCAACUAUGUCACCUAGAGGUAGUAUUGGUGCAUCAUCAUCACUCCCACAAGGUGAGCCUGUUCGCAGAAAGAGGGGUAAGCCUCGGAAGUAUGGAGCUCAAGGGGCGAUGUCCUUGGCUCUGAAUACACCUCCAUCUACUCAGGCAAUGUCAUUAAACCCAACUCAGAAGAGGGGUAGAGGAAGGCCACCAGGGUCUGGACGAAAGCAGCAACUCGUUUCUUUUGGUAAUUUUUCUCUUUAGCUUGCAUUUCCAUAUAUCCUGGAGAACUGGAAUAGUUUAAUGGUAGUGACCUGGUAUAUUUCUCUUACUCUUAGUAGUUGUUUUGUCUAAUAAAUGACUUAAUCUGAUUGAGGAAGUUUUACCAACUUGCUUCUUCUUAAGCUACAACAUGUUCCUUUCUUGAGGUUGGCUAAUUCCAUCAUCACGAUUUUGUUUAUCAUUGUGUAUCGUCCUAAAUAAUGAACAGAUUUUUCUUGCACGAAAGCUACCUCAUAUAAGACAGAUAGAUAUGUAGAGAGGAUGAUAAAGCAUAUCGUUCUGAUAAGUACACUAAAGCAUAUUGAAGUCAUGUAAGGGUUCAGAGUGGAAGAUCUGAACCACCAGAUUCAAUAUCGUCCUAAAGAAAAUAAUAGGAUGUACAAUAUGCUAUUAUUUCAUAUAUAGCAAAAGAAGAUAUCAAGCAUUUUAACAAUGUAUGUUAAGGUGAUUUAUAAAACCCAAGAACUAUAAAUUUGGGUAUACAUAGUGCUGCAAUUUAUCACCAGUGUUUUACAUGGGGAUUGGAUGAAUAUAUGCCCUUGCAAACAAAUUUGAUCAAUGAUGCCAAGGCAGUAUUGGAACAACCAAAACUUAUGAAAGAAAAAGGACGAACCAGCUUGUGUUACCUUUUUGGGGUCAGUUACUUUUUCCCUCUAGUUCAACAAAACUUUGUGGACCUUCGUGGCUUGAACCAGCUGUUAUAUGGACCAUAUUGUUGUUUGUCUUCUAGAUACAGACUCUUCCAUCCAUUUAGCUAUUUUUUUCUUGAUCUUCUGGUGGGAUGACUUACUUUUAUAAUUUCUUGGUUUCAUUAGACCAAUGUCUCUUCCUGAUUUUGAAAUCUGAUCCUCUGUAAUUAUUC